UCCUGAACAUUGGGAUUACAGGCCACCUUCUGUGACCUGUCCUCUCCCAGGGAGGACCCGUCUAUGAAGGCCAAGAAGGUGUUUCAAAGAGAGAACAAGAUGGGGCGGGUGACCGAGCAGGUGCCAAGUGUGCUCUGUGCCCUGUGGGAAGGCAGUAUGUAUGGGACGGGGGCAGCAUCCCACAGCCAUGCUCAUACAAGGUAUGGACUUCCCUGCAAAGUUGGGCAGUUGAGGGGAGGAGGGCUUUUGUUAGGGUUUUGUUUGGUUUGGAUGUGGAAGACAUAAGUUCUUUAAGGUCCAAGUGGAAGGAAAGCUGCAGAGGCAGUGAGAGGUUUGGAGAGUGCAGAGAACAGGAUGUGGCGGUAGAGAAAGGGCUCAAGGAGCCCCGAGAUGCGACCAGGGACUGGAUGGAGCUGACCGAGAAGGAAAAAUGGUGAAUAAGAGAAAAUGUAAAGUGCCUUUUGUUUGUUUGUUUGUUUCUAGACAAGUGUUACACACUGAGCUUCACUCUCAGCUCAGAAAGGUAAAACUCCUAAUCAAAGAGGGAUAACUUCAGUUAUUCAGAAAUGUUGUAUUGUUCAUCAGUGAUGUCAGGGAAAUGGGACAAGUGUGUUUUUUGUUUUUGUUUUUGUUUUUGUUUUUGUGGUACCAGAGAUUGAACUCAGGACCCUGCACUUUGCAGGCAAGCACUUAUUCUACUGAGCUAUCUCCCUGGCUACUGGUGGUUUUUGUGCAUAAGGACAGAGUCUAGAUGGGCAGAUUCCAGGCCAGGGAGGAAGAAGAGCUCAUCUGCCCAGGUCGAGAGUGAGCUGAAGGUGCCAGGAUGCCCCUGCCUGAGCCUGGUGAGCAGGAGGGCAAGAGUAUGAAGGCUGCCCAGGAGCCAUCCCUGGGGCCCAGCAUGGGUGCUGCUGCGGCGGAGUUCUCCAAUCUGGUCCUGCUGCCGUCAGACCAGGCGGGCGGCCAGGUGGGCUGUGAUCCCUCGGAGGUACACUGUGUCCUCUCCCUGGAGCUGAUUGACCCCUCCACCCUGACCAGCACCCUCCUGCCAGCUGAGGAGGAGGAGCAGCAGGUACAGGUGGUACCGCCACGCAUGUGGUCCUCUGGGCUGAAGCGCAGCAAGCUGGAGCCAGUCUCCCAGCCCCUGGAGUUCCUGAAAACCCCAUUUGGGGGCCGCCUCCUUGUCCUUGAGUCAUUCCUGUACAAGCAGGAGAAGGCUGUAGGGGACAAGGUGUACUGGAAGUGCCGCCAGCAUGCUGAGCUGGGCUGCCGGGGACGGGCCAUCACCCGGGGCACGAAGGCUACAGUGAUGCGGGACCACUGCCACCCGCCGGACGAGGAGGGCCUAGCGGCGCGGCGCCAAAAAGAAAAACUUCCUAACUCAGCCUUGCUGGAGAGCUUGGGGGAUUCCCAGGGUCCUGCUGGAGGCCCAGUGGAGGAGCUACUCAAGGAAGUGAGCCCAUGGCUAUGCCCUCAGGGACCAGAGCCUGCCCCCCAGCAGGUACAGAGCGAGCCGGAGCCAGAGAGGCAGCAGGUGCUUCAGACCCUGCCCCUUAUGAGCUUGCCACUCAAGAAACGCAGGACGCGGGGCAUGGGCCUGCCUGCAGGCGUGGAGUUCCUGAGGACGUGCUACGGGGGCACCUUCCUUGUGCACCAGUCCUUCCUCUACAAGCGGGAGAAGACUGUGGGUGACAAGGUGUACUGGACAUGCCGGGACCACACACUGCAUAGCUGCCGCAGCCGUGUCAUCACCCAGGGCCCAAAAAUAACAGUGAUGCGAAGCCACUGCCACUCACCUGACAAGGAGGCCCUGCAGUUGCGGCGGCAGCAGCACAAGACCAUGCGACCACCUCGGCCCAGGCCAGCUCGCCCUGGGGGCUGCAAAGACAAGCUGCUCCAAGGUGUGGACAGUCUGAUCCAUCACCAGGGGCUGCAGGCCCCUACCCUCACCAGGGCCCGGCCCAGAAAGAAAGCGAAAGUCCAAGCCUCACAGCAAUCCCCUGAAGAGGACCAGGAUAUAGACCCUGAAGGCCCUGAGUUUCUUCGGACCCCACUGGGGGGCAGCUUCCUGGUGUACGAGUCCUUCCUCUACAGGCGGGAGAAGGCAGCCGGAGACAAGGUGUACUGGACGUGCCGGGACCAGGCACGCAUGGGCUGCCGCAGCCGCGCCAUCACCCAGGGCCAGCGGGUGACAGUGAUGAGAGCCCACUGCCACCCACCUGAUGUGUUGGGCCUGGAAACGCUGCGGCAACGGGACAAAAACCCCAGCCCCACUCAUCGGGAGAGCCUAGGAGGUCCGGAGUUCAUACGAACCCCUCUGGGGGGCAGCUUCCUGGUGUACGAGUCCUUCCUGUACAGGCGGGAGAAGGCCACUGGAGACAAGGUGUACUGGACGUGCCGGGACCAGGCGCGCAUGGGCUGCCGCAGCCGCGCCAUCACCCAGGGCCAGCACGUGAUGGUCAUGCGCAGGCACUGCCACCCGCCCGACCUGGGUGGCCUAGAGGCCCUGCGGCAGCGGGAGCACCUCCCCAACCUAUCCCAGUGGGAAGGCCCAGAGCCGCAGCAGCCCCUGGAGUUCCUGAGAACGUCCCUUGGCGGCAGGUUCCUGGUGUAUGAGUCUUUCCUCUACCGGAAAGAGAAGGCUGCCGGUGAAAAGGUGUAUUGGAUGUGCCGGGACCAGGCCCGGCUGGGCUGCCGCAGCCGUGCCAUCACCCAGGGCCGGCGCGUGAUGGUCAUGCGCAGCCACUGCCACCUGCCUGACCUGGCCGGCCUGGAGGCCCUGCGGCAGCGUGAGCGGCUCCCCAACCCAGCCCAGCAGGAGGACUCAGAAAAGAUAAAACUUCUGCCUGAAGCUCAACUGUACAUGGAGACCUGUUCUGAAAGCCAGCAGAUUUGUAGAAACGUGGAGGAGACAAGCCCAGAUGUCGAGGCCCAGUGAGAUGUCUCCAUGCAGGCAGCAGAGCGGCAUUGGCUGGUGACCCAGAUGUUUCCCCUCCAUCCACAGAGGCAUUUUCCACCCAUCUAGAGUUGCUUGACAAGUUCUUUCAUUCUCCCAAGUAUCUGUGGCUGUUUCCUCACAGGUCUCCCAGUGCUUGGACAGUGUCUUUGUGUCAGCAAAAAUAGCUCUCUGAGCUGGUGGCACAUGGUGGGCAGGAAGGUGCAGCGCAGGGCACAGAAAGCUCUGGGGGGAGCAUCGGGAUGGGACAGAGAGGCCCCAUCACCUCUGCUGCCCAGGGCCACAAGCGCCGGAGAACAGACUUUGCAAGGACUUUGUAGCAGGUGGGGUCCCACGUGGCCCUAUGAAAUAACAUCCCCCGGGCCAGCACAGGCAGGGGCUUUUGCUCCUUCUGGAGAGCACCCUUCACAGACUGGCACAGGCCGCACAGGGUAUCUCCUGUGGGGGUGGCACUUCCUGGUCUUUGGCCACCUGCUGCCCCCUGGGUACAGUCGGCCCCUAGCACAGUGGAGCAGUUCCCAGGUGGACUGGCGAGCCCCUGUGUGCAAUUCCCAUGCAAGCGUCCUUCCCAGAAGUGGCAGCCAGCGCUGGGCAGACACUGGACUGCAUGGUGGCCCUUGGUCACCUGCAUUUACCCACAGCAUGAGGGCAGAGAGUCAGCUGUUGACGAGGUCCAGCCCUCCUCCCACUGGGAAGCAAGCAAAGUGCCUACCAAGGUGGUCUGGCUGAGCUGUCCUCCAAGGGGCACAGGAACACCUGCCAGGAACUGCAGAGCCUCCUGCAUGCCAACAAGGGUGCCCCAGACAGCAGGCCCCCGUCCCCACCCUGUAAUACUGGAGGAAAUGUGCAGUGUGGUGGCAGGGUCCCCUCUCCUGGCAGCCUGGCCACAGAACUGUCAUCCCCUGUUGAGUAGUGACAGCUUGUGUGCCCUUGGCCCUCUGCUCAUCUGCUUCCUCCAAUAAAUCCUGUUUCCUGUCUUACUGCA